UUUUAGGUUGUAUCGCUAAGGAUCCCUAUCGAAUGAAAUUGCUGAUACGACUUUUUGUAGUCGAGUGGAGAACCAAAGUAUUUGGAACGCGGAUUAGACCACUGCAAACCAGCAUCAACAAUUGAAGCUUGAUUUUUUCUGCUUUCGCUGAUCGAUUCGUAACAUUUUCCACGACAAUGGAUUCCGUUAAUCUUUCAUCCUUUAACAACAGGCGUGCCAGCCAAGCUAGUAACAUCAACCCAAGCGAAACGAAUGUGCAAAAAUCUAUUACGAAUGACAAACAAGGCCAACUUAAUCCAGCUUUCAUUAACGAAGACGAGGUCGCUCCAGAGAAUGAAACGUAUGAAAAAUUAAUUGACGUCCCAGAACUAGGAAAGGGAUCAUUCAGCUUUCGUACGUUGUGGGCUUUCACCGGACCGGGAUUCUUGAUGAGCAUUGCUUAUUUAGAUCCCGGUAACAUUGAAUCGGAUCUGCAGUCUGGAGUUGUUGCCGGAUACAAGCUACUAUGGGUGCUGAUGACAGCCACAAUUAUGGGACUGUUAGUACAAAGGUUAGCCAUCCGAUUGGGCAUGGUAACAGGCCUGCAUCUAGCCGAGAUGUGCUACAAGCAAUACCCAAGAACACCACGUAUCAUAUUAUGGAUUAUGACUGAAAUUGCCAUUAUUGGAUCCGAUAUUCAAGAAGUUAUUGGAACCGCACUUGCGAUCUAUAUUCUUUCUGACCAGGCAAUUCCUAUUUGGGGUGGUGUGCUUAUUACAGUUUUUGACACUUUUACUUUCUUACUCCUUGACAAAUAUGGGUUGCGAAAGUUGGAAUUGUUAUUUGGAUUUCUCAUUACCGUAAUGGCCAUUACUUUCGGAUACGAAUAUAUUCACGAUCCGCCACCACAAACCGAAGUAAUCAAAGGCCUCUUCAUUCCGGGUUGUGCGGGUUGCGGGCCUGAAGGUGUGCUUCGAGCAGUAGGGAUAGUUGGUGCGGUCAUUAUGCCUCAUAAUCUAUUUCUCCAUUCUGCUUUGGUCAAGUCCCGCAAAGUUGACCGAAGUGAUAAGCAUUCCGUCCAACAAGCCAACAUGUACUACUUUAUCGAGUCGUGUAUAGCUCUGCUGGUGUCAUUGAUUAUAAAUAUUUUUGUCGUCUGCGUGUUCGCCUACGGACUCUUUGGCAAGACCAAUCAAGAUGUGCAAGAUUUAUGUGCUAACAGCACGUCCUCUUCCUCAGCAGAAGAAAUCGAAGAAUUUUUUCCGGCAAAUAACGAAACAGUUGAUGCUGAUAUUUACCGAGCUGGACUCUUUUUGGGCUGCAAAUAUGGUGACGCUGCUAGAUACAUCUGGGCUGUUGGUAUUCUAGCCGCUGGUCAGUCGUCCACAAUGACCGGAACUUACAGUGGCCAGUUUGUUAUGGAGGGGUUCUUAAAUUUACAUUGGGCUCGUUGGAAACGUGUUUUGCUUACGCGAACGAUAGCCAUCUCCCCAACCCUUUUUCUUGCUAUUUUUGCCGACAUUCAACAGUUGACUGGUUUAAACGACUACCUUAAUGCUGUUAUGAGUUUGCAAUUACCUUUUGCCUUGAUUCCAACUUUAACUUUCACAAGUUCAUCAAAGAUCAUGGGCCAAUUCGUGAAUGGACUAUUCAACAAAACCAUCUUAACUAUACUGGCCGUUGUUGUCGUCAGCAUCAAUCUGUUCUUCGUGGUUGUGACCAUCAAAGAGGCUCUGCCCCCGCACUGGGCGAUUUACACUGCCUUCGGAAUAGGAGGGGCGCUUUAUUUGAGCUUAGUUGGAUAUCUAUGUCUUCACUUGAUUGAGGCCUUUGGUGGACGUUGCUGCGCUUCUUUACCGUAUGAGAAAAUGACGGUUUACAAAGCGCUUGGCGAUGAAACGGAACCGUUUGCAUCCAACAGUUUACAACGCCCCAUAAACUCUGGCAACUAGAAAGCUAAAAGGUAAACGGGUUUCAGUAUUUGGCAUAAGAUUAACUGUAAGACUUCGAGUUGGGCUCCAUCCAUGCAUUACUGAAAUAAUUUUUGGUUUUCUUCUGUAAAGACAAGACAGAAAACAAUUAUGAAUGAGCAUUAAGUUAACCAUACAAAAUAAAAAUGACCAAGAAACAUACAAAGAAAAAUGCAGCCCACUAUUUCCUACCUUAUGGCACAAAAAACUAAUCAGAGUAUUGGGAGGUUCGUUGUUGGUAUGGAUGUUCUUUGAGAAGAUUUACAAUUGGAGGGUGGUGAAAGCCAUGUUUAAUGGGCCGAAUUUUUACUUUCACUAACCAGGCCGCCAACUGAUGUUUAAAAUUUGUGUACAUGAACUGCUGCCAUAUUUUAUUUUGGUACUCUUUCCAUGAAAGCAGGAAAGU